AUGUUGUUUAAAAAAUAUUGCCUCGCUAAACUAUUUACAAUUUUAUUUGUUAAUGAAGUUCUAAGCGUAGACAAUAAAGUAAGCUUAACGUUCGUCAUUGAUGAUACCUAUUCUAUGGACAAAGAAAUUGAACAAGUGAAGGCGAGAACUAACGAAGUGUUUGAUGCAGUUCUUGAUACAAAUUCGUCAUUAAUAGAAAACUUUGUGUUGGUGACAUUUAAUGAUCCGACUGCAAUGUUAUGGGCAGAUACUACAGAUAGGAUAGAAUUUAAAGCAAAAUUAGACGAUAUAGUCACAGAUGGUGGUGACGACUGUCCUGAGAUGGCGAUGGAAGGUAUAUUACUGGCUGUCGAGAAUAGUCGACCAAAUUCCCUAUUUUAUGUCAUGACUGACGCUUCAGCAAAAGAUUACCUUAUGUACGAUGAAGUUAUACGGAGAGCGUUGAAGAAGUUUAUACAGGUCACUUUUCUAUUGACCGGUAGUUGUUCUGAUGAAGAAGAUCCCGACUAUCAAGUUUACCACAAAAUAGCAAAAGCCACAGGUGGAGAAGUAUUCAAUUUGGAGAAGGAAGAAAUUAAGAAGAUACUAGAUUACAUAUUAGAGAUGAUCGCGGACAAAAAAGUGACAUUACGUAAUCAGAAUUUCCCAUUGGACAAUCCUGAAAAUGAGAUAACAUUUUCAGUUGACAGCAAAGUGAAUAAAGUAACUUUAUCUUUGGUUGGUCCAUACCCUUCGUUUAUCGUCCAAGAUGAUGAAGGAAACAAAGUUCCGACUACGCCCAUAGUAACUACAAACAGAAUUAGUAUACUUAAAAUGGAACCAGUUAUCCCCGGUAAUUAUAAAGCGGUUAUUUUAAGCACUAACAGUGAAAACCUUCAUAUCAAAGGGUCAUCAGACAUUUCAUUCAAUUAUAAAUUUUCAACGCUACCGCCCACUACGAAACUGGAUACUGUAACACGACCGAUCGCAGGUGCUGAAACAUACCUAAUGAUAGAAUUCUCCAAUGAUGAAGAUGAUAUGAAACUUGAAACUGCCAAUCUACUAGAUAUACAGCAUAAUCCUAUACAAGACUUAGCAUUGCAUAUAGUCAAUGAAAAAGAAAAAUUAUACGUAACAGAUAAAUUUGUAUCUCCCCAUGAAAUGUUUACAAUAGCUAUAAAUGGCGUAGUAAUAGCCACUAACGAAAUAAUUACACGACUGUCGACAACAGCGGUUUUACCCUUAGAUCCAACAACAGAGAUCCAAAACGAAUUUCAACCAAUCAUAGAAGAGAUACGAAUAGAUGACAUUGAAAGCGAUGAAAUGGAUGUAAAAUGCAAAGUUUUAGGCAGUCCUGAACCAGAAAUAGUUUGGACCGAUAACAGUGGAUUAUCUGUUAACGGAAAAAUGUCACUCGUAGAAGUUUCAAACUAUAUAAGCGUACUCAGAAUUAAUAAAAAGGACGAUAACACAUUUACUUGUACAGCAACAAAUACAUUAGGAUCUGAUGUCAAAACUAUUGCUUACAACGCACCUUGGCAAGUUCCACUGAUUGACAAAAAUAAGUCAAAAGUUUUUGCUACUCAAGGAGACAGUUUGGAUAUUAUUUGCAGGGUAUUGCAGGGUAAUCCGAAACCAACUUUCAAGUGGUCUUUUAAGCCCCGCGAUACAGGCACGUUUUUAGACCGAAGUGAAACAGGAAAUUCAGUACAUUUUGACAAAUUGGAAUUAGUUGAUGAUGGUACUUAUGCAUGCGAAGCACGAAAUUUGGAAGGGCACGACUAUUGGGUGUUAGACGUUUUUGUAGAAUAUCCUCCGUUUUUCACAUCAGCUGUGGCAGAUAAAAUAAACAGUCCCGAGGGAACGGUUGUGACGCUGUAUUGCCCUGUUAAAGGAAUACCAGCACCAUCGAUUCAGUGGUACUUUGAAGGGGUCGAAAUAAAAGCCGGUGGAAAAUAUGAAUUACUUGCUGAUAAUAAUUUAAGCUUUAGCGGCACUAUCCAGGAUACUGGAGUCUAUAAAUGUGAGGCAUCAAAUAAUCUUGGUGGAACGAGCAAUGAAAUUCAAGUAAAUAUACACGCCCGGUCUACGGCGAAAUUAAUACCUCCAAAUACGAAGAUUUUUACUUUGGAUACUGGCCGUGAAACUACUUUGGAUUGUGAGACGGAAGGAUUACCAGUACCCGACAUCAAAUGGCAUUACACAGGUUUUGACGGAUGCUGCCAAAAAGAUUUGCUGCCAGAUACUGGUAAACACUCAUUAACUUUGAAGAGCGUCGAAGUAUCUGAUGCUGGAUAUUAUAUUUGCUCUGCACACAUCGGUGAUAAAUGGGACUCCAUUAAUUAUGAAGUACAUGUAGAAGAUAUCCCAAAAGAAUUCCAACCAACCGUUGAAGAAAUAAAAGUAGAUGAUAUUUCAAGCGGUGACAAAGUUAUAAGGUGUACCGUAAAAGGCAAUCCUGAACCAAAUGUAAUUUGGACGGACAAAAAUGGAUUGUCUUUAAAUGGAAAAAAAUCACCUAAGGCAGUUUUUACCUACAUAAGUGAACUUAAAAUAAAUAAAAAAGACGAUAACACAUAUACGUGUACGGCAAGUAAUAAAUUAGGAUCACAUUUUAAAACAGUUGCUUAUAAUGCACCUCUGGAAGCCCCUUUGAUUGACAAAAGUGAGACAAGAGUUUUUGCCAAGAGAGGAUAUAGUUUGGACAUUUUUUGCAGGAUAUUGCAGAGUAAUCCAAAACCAACUUUCAAGUGGUCUUUUAAGCCUCGCGAUACAGGCACGUUUUUAGACCGAAGUGAAACAGCAAAUUCAAUCAAUUUCGACAAACUGGAAUUAGGUGACGAUGGUACAUAUGCCUGUGAAGCACGAAAUUUGGAAGGGCACGACUAUUGGGUGUUAGACGUUUUUGUAGAAUAUCCUCCGUUUUUCACAUCAGCUGUGGCAGAUAAAAUAAACAGUCCCGAGGGAACGGUUGUGACGCUGUAUUGCCCUGUUAAAGGAAUACCAGCACCAUCGAUUCAGUGGUACUUUGAAGGGGUCGAAAUAAAAGCCGGUGGAAAAUAUGAAUUGCUUGCUGAUAAUAAUUUAAGCUUUAGCGGCACUAUCCAGGAUACUGGAGUCUAUAAAUGUGAGGCAUCAAAUAAUCUUGGUGGAACGAGCAAUGAAAUUCAAGUAAAUAUACACGCCCGGUCUACGGCGAAAUUAAUACCUCCAAAUACGAAGAUUUUUACUUUGGAUACUGGCCGUGAAACUACUUUGGAUUGUGAGACGGAAGGAUUACCAGUACCCGACAUCAAAUGGCAUUACACAGGUUUUGACGGAUGCUGCCAAAAAGAUUUGCUGCCAGAUACUGGUAAACAGUCAUUAACAUUGAAGAGCGUCGAAGUAUCUGAUGCUGGAUAUUAUAUUUGCUCUGCACACAUCGGUGAUAAAUGGGACUCCAUUAAUUAUGAAGUACAUGUAGAAGAUAUCCCAAAAGAAUUCCAACCAACCGUUGAAGAAAUAAAAGUAGAUGAUAUUUCAAGCGGUGACAAAGUUAUAAGGUGUACCGUAAAAGGCAAUCCUGAACCAAAUGUAAUUUGGACGGACAAAAAUGGAUUGCCUUUAAAUGGAAAAAAAUCACCUGUGGAAGUUUUUACCUACAUAAGCGAACUUAAAAUAAAUAAAAGAGACGAUAACACAUAUACGUGUACGGCAAGUAAUAAAUUAGGAUCACGUUUUAAAACAGUUGCUUAUGAUGCACCUCUGGAAGCCCCUUUGAUUGACAAAAGUCAGACAAGAGUUUUUGCCAAGAGAGGAAAUAGUUUGGACAUUUCUUGCAGGAUCAAAAAGGGUAAUCCAAGUCCUACUUUAAAAUGGUAUUUUAAACCCCGAGACGCGGGAACGUUUUUACACCGAAGCGGAACUGAAAAAUUGGUACACAUUGAUAAAUUGGGAUUAAGUGAUGAUGGCACUUACGCAUGUGAAGCUCGGAAUUCAGAAGGAAGGGAUUAUUGGACGAUAGAUGUUUUUGUUGAACAUCCACCGUUCUUUACAUCAGUAGUGGAAGAUAAAGUAAACAGCCUCGACGGAACAAUUGUCACUUUAAAUUGCCCUGUUAAGGGAACGCCGGCACCAUCAGUACGAUGGUACCGUAACGGUGUCGAAAUAACCAGUGGAGGAAAAUAUAAGCUUUUUACUGAUUACAGUUUAAGCUUUAUUAGCACCAUUCUUGACACUGGAGACUAUAAAUGUGAGGCAUCUAAUAAAUUCGAUACAACAAGCACUGAAAUUCAUGUAAACAUACUCGCUACAUCUACGGCAAAACUUAUACCUCCAAACACGAGGGUUUUUACUUUGGAAAUUGGACACACUGAAACUUUGGAUUGUAAAACAGAAGGUCUACCUGUGCCUGACAUUAAGUGGCAUUACACAGGUUUCGAUGGAUGCUGCAAAAAGGAUUUGGUGCCAGAUAAUGGUAAACAGUCAUUAACAUUGGAUCAAGUGAAAGUUACUGAUGCUGGUUAUUAUGUCUGCUCUGCCCACAUCGGUGGUAAAUGGGACUCCAUUAAUUACGAAGUUCAUGUAAUAGGCCUACCAUGGAUAGAGAAUAAGUUAAUUUCUAAAGAGCUUACAGCAGUUGACGGCGAUUUGGUUUUGACAAUACCUUGUCAGGCGUUUGGUUAUCCUACACCUGCCAUCAUUUGGUUAAGAGAAUCAUAUCCUCUUUCGUUGGGUAACAACGUCUAUGUCGACAACGGUGUGUUAAUAAUAAAGGACGUAAGCAAAAGUCUUGCUGGAAGCUAUACAUGCGUGGCCAGUAAUAAAUAUGGCAAAGCAAGUGAAACGUUCGAAGUAAAUGUUUUACCUUCACCAAAACCUGACUCGAUUACAAUGGAGAUGUCCAUAAUGAAAGACAAAAUGACGACCAUACCAUGCGAUUUGCCACAUUCCCCAGUGGAUAAAUUACGAUGGUAUAAGAACGGUGUUCUGCGAAGGGAUCAAGAUUUAAUUCUUUAUGGAGAAGUAUCAAGCGAAGGAACUUACACCUGCCGGGUCAGCUCUCUGAAAGGUUCCAAGAAUUAUCACAUUAAAAUCUUCAUCAAUAGUCCCCCGAGUUUUACCAGUGAUGAGGUUGUAUGGUACUGGGACGCUUACAAGUUAAAAGAAACACAGAUGUAUCUACUUGCAGAUAAGAUUGGCAGCUACACUUGUGAAUUGGAAAAUGGUUUUGGAUAUAUUAGUCGCAAAUUCACGAUCGUCGCUCCAAAUUGUACAUUGAAUAUUGCAACUGACUUUGCAAAACCUGAACCGCUGCUAUUGACAAGCGCAAGACUAAUACCUAGAUUCGAAGUCGUUAAGAGCGUCGUCCAUAUACCAAGAGACACUACAAUUUUCGUUUCCUGCCAAAGCAGUUAUAUAGAAUACGACAAUAUCAAUUUAAAAACUGAUUCCCUGGAACUGACGUGCAAAAAAGAGACCAAUUUCGUAUUCAAACAUAGUAGUAAGCUACAAAUUGACUUUAGACAUCUCAAGUGUAAAGAACCAGUUCGAGCGUCUUCUAAGAAUUCAGGUAUACUCUGUAGUCUUCAAACGAAGAGGAACAAGCUGUUCAGGAUCGGAUACAAGAUUAGAAGUCAAUUUCUAUAUGUGUAUGAACUGUGCUACGACUUAGAUACAAGAACUCCGAUAUAUACAAUACUUUUAGUCCACAAAUCUGGUGUUGGCAUCAAGCCGGAUAGAGUAGAGUAUGAAAAUACUAAAUCAACGUUUAUCGAUAUGCAAUCAUUGUAUGAAUGUGAUAGACAAAAGUGGACAAUAUCGAAGAGGUUAGGCAGAGAUUUCCACGCAACUGACAGUGGAUGCUUUGAGAAACGUCAGAUGAACUGGGAAGAAAUAGAGAAUCGUGUACACAAUAAAGUUAAGACUUUGAAUAAUGGAAUUGUGGAGUGGACUGGGGUGUUCCAACAACUUCAAUUACCUACGGUGUUUGGAAUCAGGGUAAACAUAAAUCUUUCAGACAAACAUGGGAGACAAAUGUCCAUACCCAAGUACUGGUGGAAGGUUGUUCGAAAUGAGGAGCUACAAGCUGGUGUAGUGAUAGUACAAGUGAAUGUGCCUGAUAUAUCGUCCCAAAGGGAGGCCGAAAGCUAUGUCCUAUGCAAAGAUAUUUGCCACGAAGUUCCCUGGUUGAAAAACGAUGAUUGGAAAGAUUUCCGAAAGGGAUACGUUUUCUGUUGCAGUAUUAACGAUUUUCAUGAAACUACUAAGGAGUACUAUUUCAGAAAUAAGAUAAGGAGGGUGUUAUUAUAA